AUGACCUUGAGGGCCUUCUCACCAAAGUUGGCCUGGUUGCACAGUUCCACGAAUACCUCCACAUAUUCCUCGACUGGGAGUUCUCCUGACUUAGGCAAAACAGGAUUUCUGCUGGAUCCCUGUGUUACCACACCUGUUGUGUUUUUCUUAUGUAAAAUAUUCCAGAUAAAUUAUCUUACCAACUGGAUUCAUCAGAUUUAUUUCUGCCACCAGUUGCGUGUGCAAGUUCAACCCUUAAUUGUGACAUCACAACGAAAAACAAGCCUCCGUUUUGUCAUCUGGAACACAAAUGGUAUAAAAUACCCACCUGAAAAGUUUGUCAAUGUAAGGAAUAUUCUAAGACAUCUUAGAGCUGAUGUUGCCUUUAUACAAGAGACACAUGUUGGGACACAAUGUGUCAAAAUCCUACAAAAUGUUCCAGGCUGGAGAUCCUACUUCACUGUGCACAGCUCCCGCAGCAAAGGUGUCGCUAUACUGAUAAAAAACAGCGUGCCAUUUGAGUACAUAUGCUGUGAUGAGGAUUGUUGUGGAGGUUACAUUGUGCUGUUCUGUCAUCUGUAUGGUGAACUGUACACUCUUGUCAACGUGUACAAUCAUAAAGAAGACAGAAAUGUCUUGGGUAGACUGAAAGAGUAUUUGUUGGAAACAGCUGAGGGUGUGCUGGUGGUUGGAGGUGAUUUCAACACACUUUUAAAUCCCAACAUAGAUCGGAAACCUUCAUCUACACGACAUUCACCGUUAAAACCUAUUUUACAAGACUUUACUGAAUCACUGAUGCUCAUAGACACCUGGUCACAAAAACAUAGUGAUACUGAGACUGAGAACAGAUUUACAAGGAAACAGGGUGAGAGUUCUUCCAGAUUAGACAUGUUUUUCCUGCAGGAAGCCCAAAUUCAAAGGAUGACUAAAAUUGAAGUGAAAGCAUUUAAAAAAACUGAAACCUUUUCUAUGCAUCAUCAUCCUCUUGUCCUAAAACUCCAAUGUCAGAUGCAAUCCGAGAACAGAUUUACAAGGAAACAGGGUGAGAGUUCUUCCAAAUUAGACAUAUUUUUCCGGCAUGAGGACCAAAAGCAAAGGUUGAAGGAAAUUGAAGUGAAAAUUGAAAGCAUUUCUGAUCAUUAUCCUCUUGUCCUAGAACUCCAAUCUCAGAUGCAACUCGAAAGGAAACUCCCAAAGAUUGUAACAAGCUUAGAAAAAUCUGAAUACAAUUCUGACAGGAGAGCAGGGAAGAUUAGUGGAGCAGAAAUACUGAGUGCUAUAAAGUCCUUACCUGAGAAAUACAGACAAGAUCAUUGGAUUUUACUGACUGAGACCUUAAAGCCAUCAUACAAUGAUAUGUUAAAGAGUCACAAGGUACUUGAAAACUUUAAAAUGGUACAAGGCAGCCAUGAGUUCACAAGGGAAUAUCUGAUAUUUUCAGAGGUUUUGGCUAAGCGUCUCAAUGCAUACCUUUCAUUAGAGACAAAAUGUAAUAUCUGCGUUGUUAUCAUUGUGAUCUUUAAGAGCAGAAAACAGAAAAUCAGGUGGUCUUUCCUGAAGUCAAGAUUUGAGGAGCUAAAAAAUGAUAAACUAAAACAGGCCCCAUUUGUCCCACCAGCAAAUUUCAGCAUUCUAGAUUCCCUUCUUCCUAAAACCCAGAGCACUUCUGGAGAUCUCAGAGAUUUGCAGCCUGGCUGUCCACUAACCAGUGCUGUCCUUUAUCUGGCUCUGCACAAGCUGAAUCUGAUGGUCUGUGAUGAUGCUGUGAAAACCAUAGUUUGUUAUCAUAAACAGACUCUGAUCAUACAUGCACAGCAGGACAAACAGAAGCAAAUUGGUAAGAUAGUAGAAACAUUCCAGUAUGAAUCAAGUGUUAGACUGAUUGUCCAAUACCCUUAA